GAGCCAGGGCUGAAGUCAGUGCUGACCAGGUGGCCACGGUGAUGUGGGACUACUUCAGCCAGCUGAGCAACAAUGCCAAGGAGGCCGUGGAACAUCUCCAGAAAUCUGAACUCACCCAGCAACUCAAUGCCCUCUUCCAGGACAAACUUGGAGAAGUGAACACUUACGCAGGUGACCUGCAGAAGAAACUGGUGCCCUUCGCCACCGAGCUGCAUGAACGCCUGGCUAAGGACUCGGAGAAACUGAAGGAGGAGAUUCGGAAGGAGCUGGAGGAGGUGAGGGCCCGGCUGCUGCCCCAUGCGAAUGAGGUGAGCCAGAAGAUCGGGGACAAUGUGCGAGAGCUGCAGCAGCGCCUGGAGCCCUACGCGGACCAGCUGCGCACCCAGGUCAACACACAGGCUGAGCAGCUGCGGCGCCAGCUGACCCCCUACGCGCAGCGCAUGGAGAGAGUGCUGCGGGAGAACGCCGACAGCCUGCACGCCUCGCUGAGGCCCCACGCCGACGAGCUCAAGGCCAAGAUCGACCAGAACGUGGAGGAGCUCAAGGGACGCCUUACGCCCUACGCCGACGAAUUCAAAGUCAAGAUUGACCAGACCGUGGAGGAGCUGCGCCGCAGCCUGGCUCCCUAUGCUCAGGACGCGCAGGAGAAGCUCAACCACCAGCUCGAGGGCCUGGCCUUCCAGAUGAAGAAGAACGCCGAGGAGCUCAAGACCAGGAUCUCGGCCAGUGCCGAGGAGCUGCGGCAGAGGCUGGCGCCCUUGGUGGAGGACGUGCGUGGCAACCUGAGGGGCAACACCGAGGGGCUGCAGAAGUCACUGGCAGAGCUGGGUGGGCACCUGGACCGGCAGGUGGAGGAGUUCCGAAGCCGGGUGGAGCCCUACGGGGAAAACUUUAACAAAGCCCUGGUGCAGCAGAUGGAACAGCUCAGGCAGAAGCUGGGCCCCCAUGCGGGGGAUGUGGAAGGCCACUUGAGCUUCCUGGAGAAGGACCUGAGGGACAAGGUCAACUCCUUCUUCAGCACCUUCAAGGAGAAAGAGAGCCAGGACAAGACCCUCUCCCUCCCGGAGCUGGAGCAGCAGCAGGAACAGCAGCAGGAGCAGCAGCAAGAACAGCAGCAGGGGCAGGUGCAGAUGCUGGCCCCUUUGGAGAGCUAAGCCACCCCUGGUGCACUGGCCUCACCCUCGCAGACACCUGCCUUGCCCUGCCACCUGUCUGUCUGUCUGUCCCAAAGAAGUUCUGGUAUGAACUUGAGGACACAUGUCCAGUGGGAGGUGACACCACCUCUCAAUAUUCAAUAAAGCUGCUGAGAAUCUAGCCUC